CCACCACUCUCUUAAACAUUAAUCCAAAUCCAGAAAAACCUUGAAUCUCAAGCUAAAUAGUCUCUUGUUGUGACUUGUGAGACUAAACCAACUCCCCCACCUACAAAGCCAUCAUUUUUAUUCAAGAAAGCAACCAACUUUAUACCCCAAAAACGCCAAGAAAUCCAAAUCCCAUUUCUAUCUGAAUCCCACAUUUUGAUCCCUGAUAUUGUUUCAUGGCCCAAAUGGGUUUUCCGGGUCUGAAUCAAGAUCACUGAUUUCAGAGCAGAACGUGAAGAAAAAUUUAAACAGAUUGCAAUGGAGAGACGGCAGCAACCUCCUCCGACGGAGAUAGAGAUAAAGGUGGUCACUCCACGGCGGGGUGACAACAUGGUCCACCCGGCGGGCCAGUCUCCGGUACCGGCGCCGGCUCCGGCGAGGACCUUCAGCGAAGUCUACAGGCCGUUCAAGAGGUGGAAAUCGUGGCUGGUGCCGUGUUUUGUGGUGGCCAACAUUGUGGUUUUUGUGGUGACCAUGUUUCUGAAUAAUUGCCCCAAGAACUCUGAUAAGUGCAUUGCAAGGUUUCUGGGUCGCUUUUCGUUUCAGCCCUUCAAAGAAAACCCACUUCUGGGUCCAUCUUCAUCCACAUUAGACAAGAUGGGUGCUCUAGAAGUGCAGAAAAUGAUCCAUGGCCACCAUCAGGCAUGGCGGUUGCUCUCCUGUAUGUGGCUACAUGCUGGAGUUUUCCAUAUACUGGCCAAUAUGCUGAGUCUUGUAUUUAUUGGCAUUCGGCUUGAGCAAGAAUUUGGGUUUGUCCGAAUUGGGUUGGUUUAUGUCAUCUCUGGUUUUGGCGGGAGUUUACUCUCAGCUCUUUUUAUUGACGGUGGUAUUUCUGUUGGUGCUUCUGGUGCACUUUUUGGUUUACUUGGAAGCAUGCUUUCAGAGCUUAUAUCAAACUGGACAAUAUAUGCAAACAAGUUAGCGGCAUUGCUUACUCUCAUUUUCAUCAUCAUAAUUAAUUUAGCAGUGGGUAUUCUUCCACAUGUGGACAACUUUGCUCAUAUUGGAGGAUUUGUUUCUGGAUUUCUCCUUGGAUUUGUGUUUCUGAUCCGGCCCCAGUUUAAAUGGGUUAACCAAAGGAAUGCUCCCCCUGGACAUAUUACAACUCCAGUUAGAUCUAAAUAUAAGACCUAUCAGUAUGUAUUGUGGGUUAUCUCCCUGAUACUACUGAUUGUUGGUUUUACUCUUGGCCUAAUUUAUCUCCUAAGAGGAGUCAAUCUGAAUGAGUACUGUUCCUGGUGUCAUUAUUUAAGCUGUGUCCCAACCUCCAAAUGGAAGUGCAAGCCACACCAAAUUGAGUGUCUGACGAACCAGCUCGGAAAUCAACUGAAUGUGACUUGCUCAAGCAAUGGGAAAACCAGCACGUAUUCGUUGGAAGAUAGCAGCCCUUCCCGGAUUCAGCAGCUAUGUACGGAGCUGUGCAGUUGACAUACAUAUACAUACAGAUGCAAGAGAUGAUAGAGUUAAUGCUAAUUGAUGUGAUUCCAUCUUUUAUACCUGUAGAGAAUAAUCAUGUGUGUUCCCCUAGCAAUGGUUUUCUUUUUUAAUAUAUUCUUUUCAUUCUUUUACUCCCUCCCUCCUCUUUUACGUCUCAUAUUCUCAGUUAUGGUCCUCUUGCUGAAACAUGCUGCCCAAUUAGCAAUG